AUGAUGGGAAAGGUUACUUGGAAUUUUUUCAUACUUGCAAUAUUUGCGUUUACGGCAUGUUUAGCGCAUUUUCCAGAAUUUUGUUCGGAAUGUGAGGAGGAAGUAUGGGAAGAAGUACCAUGCGAUGCAAUGCCAACAACAUACACAACUAUUACAACCUCAACAACUUCUACAACUGCUAUACCACCAACAACAACAACUGCAAUCUCUUCAACUACAGUUCCAACAACCACCACAACAAUAGAAACAUCAACUCCAACACCAAUUAUUACUACAACUGAAAUGCCCACAACAACUAUAAAUACAACAAGUAGGCCAUAUAAAAUUUAUGGAACCAAGAGAACAACGACCUCUACUACGCCAUCGACUUUACCGCCAUCGACUUUACCGCCUACAACAGCUACUCCAGAUGCUUUCAAGAAAUGCUAUUGUGAGUGCAAAGUAGGUUGCAAAGAAUUCUGUCGUAAGGUCAUCAUUAACUCGGACCCACGAAAACAGAUUACACAAAUCACUAAAACCGCACAGCGUGUACCGGAAGGUCAUGUAGAAAUCCAACAUGUUCAUCAGCGAAAAUUUGUUCCAAAUUAUGGUAAUUACAGACCUGGAUACGGAUACAACAGUGGUACUAGUUCCAGUAGCAGCAUAGGUGGAACUAACUAUGACUCAACUUGCUCUUGCGACAAAUCCUCUUAUUCACCUCCAUCUUUAUAUCCGAUUGAAACAUCCGUUCAGGAAAAGAAUUCGUAUUUACCUUCACCGCUUAAUUAUCCACUCAUUCAUACAACCGAAAGAAAUACAAACUAUUUCAAUAAAGAUACUAUGAACAUUAAUAGUUAUGAUGUUGAUGAACUUGCGAAAUUAUUUCAACCAAAUAUAUACAACACCGAUUACAAUAAUAGAAAUCGAAUAUACAAAGAACCUAAUUAUUAUGACAAGAGGAACUACAAAAAUUAUUAUAAUGAUGAAAACAAUAUCAAUGAUUACCUCAAUCAAAUAAACUCAAAUAAUUACGUCUACAACUAUAAAAAUCAGAAACCUAAUGCUUAUGAUGUUGCAUCCGGGUCAGUUUAUUAUACUGCAUCUUUUGGAAAUAAUUAUCUAUAUGGUCAACCGACACUACCUCCGAAGUAUAUGCCAAGAACACCAAGAACCACAAUACGAACUACAUCCACACCAGCCACAAUUCCACAAACUUCUCCAUCAACAACAUCUACUACAACCAAACGCAAUUAUCAUGUAAAAGAAAUAUGCAUAGAUAGUUAUGGAAAUGUUGAAAAAGAACCUGAGAAAUCAUAUAUGCCUUUAAUGACAAGGCCUUCAAAAAGCAGUACCGCUCACUCAACGUAUGCUUAUGGGGAACUAAAUCCACAUUCGAAAUAUGAACCAUACGAGCAAAGUAAUUACGACCCUUUUUAUUCAUAUAGCUCAGUACCUUCAUCCCAUAAUCCUCAACAGCAAAAUACAGAAUCGCUUAAUCCAAAUCCAUCGUUUGGUUUAGCAUUAGAUAAUUACCUUAAUAAAUAUAUCUAUUCACAAGCACCAGCAGACACAGUAUCUUCAUCAGGUUAUUCAUCACAUCAGCUCCCAUAUUCAUACAACUUUAGAUAA